UGGACUGACCUACAGGGUCCCUUCCAAUGGAUCCCAUUUCAUUUUUAUAGAAAGGGAACGUCAAAACAAUCAUUUUCAGGUUGGUGUAAUAACAAGGAACAUCUCAACAGGGCCCUGCCUAGCUUUCCCUCAAAGUAGCCAGCCAAUCCAACUUUUGGGAUUCCCCACCUCCUCUUCAACCAUCUUGUGGAAAGAGAAAGGAACUAGGAUUCUCACUGCAUUAGGUCAUCCUGAUUCCUAGAUCUGUAGGUGUGAAAUUGCCAGUGGGGAGAAUAAAUAGAGCGAGUACCCCGAGGUUGGGACAGACGGCUUCAUCAUGUCUUCUGGAGGUCUUUUGCUGCUUCUGGGAUUCCUUGCCCUCUGGGCAGAGCUGACCCCCGUCUCCGGCCAGGACCGUCCAAGGUUUUGUUCUCUUCCUGCUGAAACCGGUCAGUGUAGAGGCAGAAUUCCUCGUUUCUACUACAACUCGGCUUCGAAACAAUGUGAACAGUUUUUUUACAGUGGAUGUAGUGGGAAUGCCAACAAUUUUGAGACCAAAGAUCAAUGUCACUACACCUGUGUUGAAAAACGUGGAGUGUGUCCCCAGGGCCCUCAACAACAGGGCCAGCAAGACAAGAUUCCUUGUCGCAAGAAUUGUAAAAAUGACUGGAAAUGUCCUGGGCAGCAGAAGUGUUGCCGUUACGGAUGCAUGACUGUGUGCAAGGAUGCCGUCCUUUGGAAGUUUGCACCAGCAACAAGGAGACCCUGAACUGGGUAUAAUUGACAAACUUCACAGAGAGGACCUUCUUCUGUCCUGGACCACCCUGGAGACCCUCCCCCCAAAGGCACCCUGGGUUCAU